GGUUGAGGUCUCAAUGUGGCUGUCGCAGCGCCUUCUGAUGUCACAGCACGCAGCAGAGUUCAGGUGUUCACUCGGUUGUUGCAGUCGGCCCGAGGGUUGUUCCGCUGACUUUUACCGGUGUCAUUUGAGCCGCGCUGUCGUUCCGGAGGAAAAACGAACCACUUUUUAAAUGUAAUUUAAUUGACACUUGAGGCGCCCUGUCAAACGUUUGGGGAACCGGUCGUCAGAUCUGAACUCAACGUGAAGGUCUUCAAACGUUUCAGAGCGGACGGCAGCAGAGCGACAGAUUGAAAAAGGAAGACGAGAGAUGCUGAGUGUGGAUAAAAGCUAUUCCACAUCCCGGAGAACUAUGGAACUGUCCCUGGCCCACCCGGCCACCAAAGCCUUCCUGUGUGGCUGCGUCAGCGGCACCUGCUCCACGCUGCUCUUCCAGCCUCUCGACCUGAUCAAGACCCGUCUGCAGACCUCGCACCGCAGCCUGCAGCCCGGCUCGCGCGCAGUGGGGAUGGUGACGGUGCUGCGGAGCGUGGUGCGGACAGAGAGGCUGCUGGGACUUUGGAAAGGAGUCUCGCCGUCCUUCGCUCGGACCAUCCCAGGAGUGGGGAUCUACUUCAGCACCUACUACUCCCUGAAGCAGCACUUCCUCCAGGACAGCAGCCCGGGGGCCGUGCAGGCCGUGCUGCUGGGGGGCGGCGCCCGCACGGCGGCGGGUGUCUUGAUGCUGCCGGUCACGGUCAUCAAGACGCGCUUUGAAUGCGGCAGGUACAGUUACGGCAGCGUGAGCGGCGCUCUGCGCAGCGUGUGUCGGACCGAAGGUCCUGGCGCCCUGUUCUCCGGCCUGAUGGCCACUCUCCUCCGAGACGUUCCCUUCUCGGGCAUCUACGUCAUGUUCUACAGCCAGGCCAAGGCCUCGCUGCCGAAAGAAAUCCGCUCGUCCGCCUCGGCCCCCCUGGCUAACUUUGCCUGUGGGAUCCUGUCGGGGAUACUGGCCUCUCUGAUCACCCAGCCUGCUGACGUGGUCAAAACCCGCGUCCAAGUCAGUCCACAGAUGAGGACGGCCGAGGCCAUCAGAACCAUCUACGUGGAACACCGACUCCAGGGGUUCUUCAGGGGGGCGGUUCCUCGGGCACUGAGGAGGACCCUGAUAGCCGCCAUGGCAUGGACGGUGUACGAGCAGAUGAUGGCCGGCUUUGGGCUCAAGUCCUGAAGGGGAACCGUAGCUAAGAGGCUUGUGGCGGAGAGAAGAGCACAGGAGACCGAGCGAGGACAUCCAUGAUUACAGGAAGCGUCCCGUGAGAGUUUAGAGGGGGGCGGACCGGUGAAUGAAGACGGUCUGCGUGCGGUUUGCAGAUGAGGAGACGUUGCUCCGUGAAAUGGCAGAUGUCCAGGCGUGAUUUUGAUGCCCUGGAUCGCACAUCAGGAUUGUGAUCCUCAGCGAGUAUUUGCUGGUUUUAGGAAGGCCUCCUGUGGACGGCUGUGAGGUCUUUGAGACGGCAGAGACGCACCGUCCCUCAGGACGGGGUCCCAGAUACAGCUCCCGACUUUUGCAAGAACUUUGAGCGUUGCAGUUCUGUCACACGCACAGUUUAAUACCUGGAGAGACUUUUGAACGCCUCUUCAACAUCACACUGUUGGUUUUAUUCUACAAAUAAUGUGCUUGUUUAUUAACUCAAUUCAUUUGUCCACUGGCAAAUGUUCUAUUUGUCUGAAGUGUUCUUUUAUGCAAAGUUAUUUACCGUUUUAAAGAUAUUCAAUAAAAUAUUAUGUAC